AUGCUGCCACCAAUAGCAUUUUUGCUGCUAAUAUCCUUGAACUUGGUUCAUGGAGAGUUUUAUGCCGAGAGAUAUCAAACACCUACAGGCAUAAAAGGCCCACCAUCCAACUUCAAGACUCGGAUCUUCAUUCCCUACGCCAUAAAGGGUAAAGAUGUAUCGGUAAGAGGAGAACAAGGUAUUCCUGGUCCACCAGGCCCCACUGGACCUCGAGGGCACCCAGGUCCAUCUGGACCACCAGGAAAACCAGGCAUUGGAAGUCCUGGACCCCAAGGAGAGCCAGGCUUGCCAGGACCACCAGGACCAUCAGCCACCGGGAAGCCAGGUGUGCCAGGACUCCCAGGAAAACAAGGGGAGAGAGGACCAUAUGGACCAAAAGGAGACACUGGACCAGCUGGUUUACCAGGACCACGGGGCCCACCCGGACCACCUGGAAUCCCCGGGCCGGCUGGAAUUUCUGUUCCAGGAAAACCUGGACAACAAGGACCUACUGGAGCCCCAGGACCCAGGGGCUUUCCUGGAGAAAAGGGUGCACCAGGUGUGCCUGGUAUCAAUGGACAGAAAGGGGAAACAGGAUACUGUGCUCCUUGUCGCCCAGGUGAGAGGGGCCUUCCAGGCCCUCAGGGUCCCAUGGGACCACCUGGCCCUUCUGGAGUGGGGAAAAGAGGUGAAAAUGGGUUUCCAGGACAGCCAGGCAUCAAAGGUGAUCAGGGCAUUCCAGGAGAAAGGGGACCAAUUGGCCCACCGGGUCCCCAAGGUCCUCCUGGGAAAAAAGGACCAGAAGGCAUUGGAAAGCCAGGAGCCCCUGGAGCCCCAGGCCAGCCAGGAAUUCCAGGAAUGAAAGGUCACCCUGGGGCUCCAGGGAUAGCUGGGCCCCCAGGGGCACCUGGCUUUGGGAAACCAGGCUUGCCAGGCCUGAAAGGGCAAAUAGGACCUGUCGGCCUUCCAGGAAGUCCGGGCGCCAAAGGGGAACAAGGCCCAGCAGGUCAUCCUGGGGAGCCAGGUCUGACCGGACCCCCUGGAAAUAUGGGACCCCAAGGACCAAAAGGCAUCCCGGGCAACCACGGGAUCCCAGGCCCUAAAGGCGAGACAGGGCCAGUCGGGCCUGCAGGACAGCCUGGGGCUAAGGGAGAAAGAGGCUUCUCUGGCUUAGAUGGAAAACCAGGGUACCCAGGAGAACCAGGUCUCAAUGGUCCUAAGGGUAACCCAGGGUUACCAGGCCCAAAAGGUGAGCCUGGAGUUAGAGGACCCGCUGGUCUCCCAGGCCCUGUGGGCCCCGCAGGAGCUAAGGGAGUGCCUGGAAACAACGGUGAGGCUGGUCCAAGAGGUGCCCCUGGAAUACCAGGUACCAGAGGUCCCAUUGGGCCACCAGGCAUUCCAGGAUUCCCUGGACCUAAAGGGGAUCCAGGAACUCCAGGUCUUCCUGGCCCAGCUGGCAUAGCAACUAAGGGCCUCAACGGACCCACUGGGCCACCGGGGCCUCCAGGUCCAAGAGGCCAUGCUGGAGAGCCUGGUCUCCCAGGGCCCCCGGGACCCCCAGGGCCCCCAGGCCAAGCAGUCGUGCCCGAGGGCUUUGUAAAGGCAGGCCAAAGGCCUGGUGUUUCUGGGAUGCCUCUUGUUAGUGCCAACCAGGGUGUAACAGGAAUGCCUGUGUCUGCUUUCACUGUUAUUCUCGCCAAAGCUUACCCAGCAAUAGGUGCUCCCAUCCCCUUUGAUAAGAUUUUGUAUAACAAGCAAGAGCAUUAUGACCCAAGAACUGGAAUCUUUACCUGCAGGAUACCAGGAAUAUACUAUUUCUCCUACCACGUGCAUGCGAAAGGGACCCACGUUUGGGUGGGCCUGUAUAAGAAUGGUACCCCUGUAAUGUACACCUAUGAUGAGUACAUCAAAGGCUACCUGGAUCAGGCUUCCGGGAGUGCCAUAAUCGACCUCACAGAAGAUGACCAGGUGUGGCUCCAGCUGCCCAAUGCCGAGUCAAAUGGCCUGUACUCCUCUGAGUACGUCCAUUCUUCUUUCUCAGGAUUCUUAGUGGCUCCCAUGUAA